AUGAGUCACGUAUCGAAAAAUCUCACUGAUAUUUUACUUAAAAUAGAAACAGCUUACCAAUCAUCUCCAUCAGUAGGCCAAAAGUUGUGCCGCCUUGUUGCAGUUUCUAAAGAAAAGCCGAUACAGUCUAUCAUAGAAGCAUAUGUCGCUGGGCAAAGACAUUUUGCUGAGAACAAGAUUGUUCAUUUGUUUGAAAAAAGCCAUUCGUCUGAGGUAAUCAAGUGUUGCCCGGAUAUUAAAUGGCAUUUUAUUGGUCGAAUUCAAACCAACAAGAUAAAAAAACUGGCAGGUGUGAAUAACCUGUAUAUGGUGGAGACUGUAGACUCUAUAGAUCAUGCUCAGGUUCUUGAUUCAGCAUGGGGCUCAAUCCACCAUACCCCUUUGAAUAUAAUGAUUCAAGUUAACACAAGUGACGAACCACAGAAAGGUGGAAUAAAACCUUCUGAUGUAGUAGAUCUGCACAAACAGAUAGAAGCGAAGUGUUUGAAUUUGAGGGUUGUCGGUCUUAUGUGUAUAGGGCGAGAAGCAGUAGAUAUCGCUGCGGGCCCGAAUCCAGAUUUCUUGAAACUUGUAGAGUGUAGACAAAUACUAGCAUCUUCUUUAAAAAAGUCUCCUCUGGAUUUUGAAUUGAGCAUGGGAAUGUCUGACGAUUUCGAACAUGCUAUACACCUUGGAAGUACUAAUGUGCGCAUAGGUACUUCUAUAUUUGGACCACGAAAAUCGCAUUAUGUAACUCAACGGCAUGUUACAGAUGAUGAAAAAACUUCCACUUGA